AUGGAUACCAAGUUACACCCGGCCGUCACGGUCUCAAACAUUAAAACCGCCAUACCCGUUACCCUUGAGCUGGAAACCGGCCACUGGUCUACGUGGUCGGAACUUUUCAAACUACACUGCAAAGCCUUUCAGGUUUAUGAUCACCUCCUUCCUCCUGCCGCUGACACAUCUAAGCCGUCGGCUGAUAAAGACAAAACUACCGGUGACUCCUCGUCGGCCAAAGAACUCUGGGAGCGUCUUGAUUCCAUAGUUCUCCAAUGGAUUUAUGGAACAAUCUCCCAAGACCUCGUCCACACAAUUAUCAAGCCCGAUACCACCGCUCAUCAAGCAUGGACUACCCUCGAAAACCUGUUUCAAGACAACAAGAGUGCUCAUGCUCUUCACCUUCAUCAUCUCUUCACCACUAAUCGUCUUGAAAAUUUUUCCAAUGUCUCUGCCUAUUGCUAG